UCUUAUGCCCAGAGUUGCAAUUUGUGAACCAGCGGUGAUGAAAUCUAGCUCUGGACGAAUCAGAGGCGCCUGUCAACUUCCCAGGUGGGAUUGCUUGGAGUUAAUAGACUGAACUCAGAGCCCCGAACGAACACAGUGCAGUCAGGGCACGCAGAGAACACCCUGCAGAGGCUUUCCAAGAAUCCCUCGGCAUGGCAAGAAAAGGCUCUUUCGGGUCAUACCAGGUGAUAUCUUGGUUCACUUUUGCCAUUGGCGUCAACAUCUGCUUAGCAUUCACAGCAAGCAGGAUCAAGAGGGCAGAAUGGGAUGAAGGACCUCCCACAGUGUUAUCUGACUCUCCGUGGACCAACACCUCUGGAUCCUGCAAGGGUAGAUGCUUUGAACUUCAAGAGGUUGGACCUCCCGACUGUCGGUGUGACAACUUAUGCAAGAGCUACAGCAGCUGCUGCCAUGACUUUGAUGAGCUCUGUUUGAAAACAGCUCGUGGCUGGGAGUGCACCAAAGACAGAUGUGGAGAAGUACGAAAUGAGGAGAAUGCCUGUCACUGCUCAGAAGACUGCCUGUCCAGGGGAGACUGCUGUACCAACUACCAAGUGGUCUGCAAAGGAGAGUCACACUGGGUAGAUGAUGACUGUGAAGAAAUAAAAGUUCCCGAAUGCCCUGCAGGGUUUGUCCGCCCUCCGCUCAUCAUCUUCUCUGUGGAUGGGUUCCGCGCAUCGUACAUGAAGAAAGGCAGCAAAGUCAUGCCCAACAUUGAGAAACUACGUUCCUGUGGCACACAUGCUCCCUACAUGAGGCCUGUGUACCCCACAAAAACCUUCCCUAACCUGUACACUUUGGCCACUGGUUUAUAUCCAGAAUCCCAUGGAAUUGUUGGCAACUCAAUGUAUGAUCCUGUAUUUGAUGCUACUUUCCAUCUUCGGGGGCGAGAGAAGUUUAAUCAUCGAUGGUGGGGAGGUCAACCUCUAUGGAUUACAGCCACCAAGCAAGGGGUGAGAGCUGGAACAUUCUUCUGGUCUGUGACCAUCCCUCAUGAGCGGAGAAUCCUAACCAUCCUCCAGUGGCUUUCAUUACCAGACAAUGAGAGGCCUUCAGUUUAUGCUUUCUAUUCUGAGCAGCCCGAUUUCUCUGGACACAAAUAUGGCCCUUUUGGCCCUGAGAUGACAAAUCCUCUGAGGGAGAUUGACAAAACCGUGGGGCAAUUAAUGGACGGAUUGAAGCAACUGAAGCUGCACCGGUGUGUGAAUGUUAUCUUUGUUGGAGACCAUGGAAUGGAAGACGUGACAUGUGACAGAACUGAAUUCUUGAGCAACUAUCUGACUAACGUGGAUGACAUCACUUUAGUGCCUGGAACUUUAGGAAGAAUUCGAUCCAAAUUUAGCAAUAAUCCUAAAUAUGACCCUAAAGCCAUUAUUGCUAAUCUCACGUGUAAAAAACCAGAUCAGCACUUUAAGCCUUACAUGAAACAGCACCUUCCCAAACGUUUGCACUAUGCCAACAACAGGAGAAUCGAGGAUAUCCAUUUACUGGUGGAUCGCAGAUGGCACGUUGCAAGGAAACCUUUGGACGUUUAUAAGAAGCCAUCGGGAAAAUGCUUCUUCCAGGGUGACCACGGCUUUGAUAACAAGGUCAACAGCAUGCAGACUGUUUUUGUAGGUUACGGCCCAACUUUUAAGUACAGGACUAAAGUGCCUCCAUUUGAAAACAUCGAGCUUUACAAUGUUAUGUGUGAUCUCCUAGGAUUGAAACCAGCUCCUAACAAUGGGACACAUGGAAGUUUGAAUCACCUACUGCGGACCAAUACCUUUAGGCCAACAGUACCAGAGGAAGUCACCAGACCUAAUUACCCAGGGAUUAUGUACCUCCAGUCUGAUUUUGACCUGGGCUGCACCUGUGAUGAUAAGGUAGAGCCAAAGAACAAAUUGGAAGAGCUCAAUAAACGUCUGCACACCAAAGGGUCCACAGAAGCUGAAACCAGGAAAUUCAGAGGCAGCAAAAAUGAAAACAAGAAAAACCUUUAUGGAAAUUUUGAACCUAGAAAAGAGAGACAUCUCCUGUAUGGACGACCUGCAGUGCUUUAUCGGACUAGAUACGAUAUCUUAUACCACAUGGAUUUUGAAAGUGGUUAUAGUGAAAUAUUCUUUAUGCCUCUCUGGACAUCAUAUACCAUUUCUAAGCAGGCUGAGGUCUCCAGCAUUCCGGAGCAUCUGACCAACUGUGUUCGCCCUGAUGUUCGCGUGUCUCCAGGAUUCAGUCAGAACUGUUUGGCCUAUAAAAAUGAUAAACAGAUGUCGUAUGGAUUCCUUUUUCCUCCUUAUCUGAGCUCUUCCCCAGAAGCUAAAUAUGAUGCAUUCCUUGUAACCAACAUGGUCCCAAUGUAUCCCGCUUUCAAACGUAUCUGGACUUAUUUCCAAAGGGUUUUGGUGAAGAAAUAUGCUUCAGAAAGGAAUGGGGUCAAUGUAAUAAGCGGACCCAUUUUUGACUAUAAUUACGAUGGCUUACGUGAUACCGAGGAUGAAAUCAAACAGUAUGUGGAAGGCAGCUCUAUUCCUGUCCCAACUCACUACUAUAGCAUCAUCACCAGCUGCCUGGACUUCACGCAGCCUGCAGACAAGUGUGAUGGUCCCCUCUCUGUGUCCUCGUUCAUCCUUCCUCACCGACCGGACAAUGACGAGAGUUGCAAUAGUUCAGAGGAUGAGUCAAAGUGGGUAGAGGAACUCAUGAAGAUGCACACAGCUCGGGUCCGGGACAUUGAGCAUCUCACCAGUUUGGACUUCUACCGGAAGACUAGCCGUAGCUAUUCAGAAAUUCUGACCCUCAAGACAUACCUGCAUACAUAUGAGAGCGAGAUUUAACUUUCUGGGCAUGUGCGGUGUAGUCUCAGCAACUGGUGUAUAUUUUUAUAUUGUGUUUGUAUUUAUUAAUUUGAAGCAGGACAUAAAAAACACUUAGUAUUUUAAUCCUAUACCAAAUCUGACAUAUUAAGCCUGAAUGACUCCUCUAUUUUUCCUCUAAUGCUUGAUUUAGACAGAGUUGUGUUCUGAGAAGAGCUUGCAGGGAACACUGCAGCUCAUGAUCCAGGUAGAAGCUUCCACUUGGUGCUGCAGAUUGAAUAUUUGCAUUGAGGAAAUGUUAAUUUUCCAGGGCACAGUCACCCCAUGUGCAGUCCUGUUCUGUAUUGAAAUACUGAUUUUGUAAAGUUGCACUCAUCUGCUGUUAACUCCGACAAACAUAUUUAAGCCUUAUAGACCAAUCUUAAAUAUAAUAAAUCACACAUUCAGAUUU